AAGUUGGUAUUACAAUAAGUUAUAGCUUAUUUUUAUUAAUCGCUACUAAAACACGAAAGAAUUGAUUACAGAAAAGGCGAACAAUUUUUUAAUUACAUCAUGCAUUUUUCAUAAGUAUAAAUAUUUAUGCUUUUAUAUAAUCUUCAAAUUAAGUUUUCAGAAACAUAAUCUGUAUGGUAGAGGUUAUGUAGAUCAAAACUUACUAAGUAUUGCUGCAAUUAUAUUUUAUUGAAAUUCAAAUGUGAGAUAUGGAUUCAGGAAACUCGAAUUCUAGUGAAACACCUUCACACCCGUUGGUAGAAUCUACUCCACCUACUCAACGAAGAACUCGAGGAUCACGUCAAAAAGGAGUAGACAGCGUGACGAAAAAAUUCCUGCGAAAUUUCGAUCCAGAACACAGUGAAAGGGAGAAACGAAAGCUUCAUAGACGACUAUACCAAGGCAACAAAAGACACGCUUUAUACAACGAAAAUGGCAUAUAUAUCCAAACAGGAGAUGAUUUGUGCGACUGUUUAAAUAUGAAUUGCACAGGAUGUCAUCUUCCUUGCAUCAAAUGUUCUUCGCCAAAGUGUAGCCACGAAUGCAGGAAUAAUCGCAAGUGGACGUACGAGUCGAUAGAAAAUGAAGGCAGCGAUAUCAUCAUAAAGAAUCCUUUAUUAAAGGAAUCUUGAAAUUUCAAGUCUUUUAAUCUGUAAUAUGUUUAUAAAAACUCUAUGGCUGUGCUACACAGGGAAAGAGAGGAACUUCACCAAGUUCUUCGUCGAGUUUCAAACCAUGUAUUACUUUCUUUUACUAAUAUUAUAUAAGUUACAUGUAUUAGGAUUAGAAUAAUCAUAACAUAAAAACUGAUAUACAAGUGUA